AUGUCCGCGGACCGCCAGCUCAACCCCGCUCUGCAUUAUAUCUUUCAAUGCAUCAACAAAGCCGAAGAUAUUACCGCGGACAGCAUGCGCGACUGGUUAGAAGAUAACGAACAUGACUUCUCUGGUCAGCGUCGCGACUUGGCGCUUCGUUUGGUCGAGUUCUGGAAGGAGAUCACCGACGACGUGCACCUGCUAUCGACGCCGACGCCAAGCGCCACAGGCCUUACGGCCCAAUCCCCUACCUUAUCCCGCGCCGCCGGGCUGCUACGUACGACACGGAUCGUCAGGGCUCGUCCGCCCACGUCUGCAGCCAGCCCGAACUGUACCCCACCUGGCCCCGCCCGGCCGCGAACUCUUCCCCCGUCCCCCGUCCAAUCGUCAUCAAAGGCCCAGUGA